AAACUGAUGACAUCUUUCCCCUUUACACAAGUUCAUCCAGCAUAUCUAAUCAUCAGUCAGGAUGGGUAAAAUGGCAGAGGUGCAGCGAAGGCUGCUAGAGCAAAUGAUGGGACCCGAAGCUAUGGGAGUGGCAGUGAUAAACUACGACUGGUGGGAUGAUAAGGUGUGCAGAAAUUAUUUGUUUGGAACCUGUCCUCAUAACGUUUUUAGUAACACCAAAAUGGAUCUGGGCAGUUGUCCCAAAAUCCACUCUGACCGUAUUCUCGAGCAAUUCAAAGAAGCCCAAGCGGCCGACCCGGACGAUCCUCGCAUAGCAUCGUAUAAGAGAGAACACGAGAAUAAUCUCUAUUCAUUUGUCGAAGAAUGUGAUCGAAGGAUCAGGGCGAGUCAGAGGAAGUUGGAGAAAACUCCGGAAGAAAAUAGAAAGACAGUGGAUUUGAUGCGCGAAAUUGGAGAGAUUGAAUUAUCCAUACAAGGCGCCACUGAAGAAGUCGAGGCGUUGGGUGAAGCUGGAAAGGUUGAAGAAUCUAUGGAGAAGCUCAAAGCUGUUGAUGCUCUCAAGUCUCUCAAGACAGAUAAGGAGAGAGAGUUACAGGUAUUGAAUGAGAAUGCAGGAGCUUCGGGGCAUCAGAAAUUGAGAGUUUGCGAGACAUGUGGCGCCAUGCUUAGUGUUUUGGACUCUGAUAAACGUCUAGCGGAUCAUUUCGGUGGAAAGUUGCACUUGGGCUACCACGAACUGCGUAAACUGCUAGCACAAAUGGCAGAAGACCGCAUGAUCGGUCGACAAUCUCAUCAGAACCCCUCUGGACCUCCCCCUUCCGCCCCAUCAGCGCCUUCCGGUCCUCGUCAAACCCAUCUUGGCCCUCCUGGGGGACCAGGGCUCAUGGGACCGCCUGGCAUCGGUAACGGUGCUGCUCCACAUACUCCCAUGCAUCCUCGCGUCCCUCCAGUGGAUGAGAUGCCUCUCGUGGGACACGGAGAUAAGAUACGACGGGAAGCAGGUGAGCUGGAAGAAGAUUUGAAGGAGGUGAAAGGGGAGCGAGAACGUGAGGAGAGACAUGUUUCCUCAAAGUACAGGGAUAGAGAUAGGGACGACAGACAUGAGCGAUACCGUGAGAAAGAUGGGUAUGAUAAGUACGAUAGGAGGGAAGAUCGUGACAGAGGCGAAUCUCAUCGUUCGCGCGAUCGAGAUCGCGAUGGAGAACGAGACAGAGACCGAGAUCGGAGCUCAAAGUACGACAAAUACGACGAAAACAGGGAUCGGGAGAAGAGACACAGGAGUAGGGAGAAGGAGAGAUCUCGUUCGCCACCCAAACGAAGAUUGGUUUAAGGUCUUAUCGCCCAUGAUCUUGUACGUGAGAAGAGGUUCGCAUGGAUACGAAGUCCAC